AUGGCUUGCAUCAAGGGGGUGGGCAGAUCCGCCUCCGUCGCUCUUGCUCCCGAUGCUCCUUACAUGGCCGCUGGUACCAUGGCCGGAGCCGUCGAUCUGUCCUUUAGCUCUUCCGCCAAUCUCGAGAUCUUUAAGCUCGACUUUCAGUCUGACGAUCGCGACCUGACUCUCGUUGGGGAAAGCCCUAGCUCCGAGCGCUUCAAUAGGCUCGCGUGGGGUAAAAACGGAUCUGGAUCCGAGGAAUUCUCCCUUGGUCUUAUUGCCGGCGGCCUUGUCGAUGGGAAUAUAGAUCUGUGGAAUCCGCUCUCUUUGAUCAGUUCCCAGUCCAGUGAAAAUGCACUCGUUGGACAUCUUACAGUUCACAAAGGGCCCGUUCGUGGUCUUGAGUUUAAUGUUAUCACCCCUAAUCUACUUGCUUCUGGUGCUGAUGAUGGUGAGAUUUGCAUUUGGGAUUUAGCAAAGCCUUCAGAGCCUUCUCAUUUUCCACUUCUCAAGGGCACUGGCUCUGCUACGCAAGGUGAAAUCUCCUUUAUAUCGUGGAAUAGAAAAGUUCAGCAGAUAUUAGCAUCUACCUCAUACAAUGGGACUACGGUAAUUUGGGACCUGAGGAAGCAGAAGCCUAUAAUUAACUUCGCAGAUUCAGUUCGACGCCGGUGCUCUGUUUUACAAUGGAACCCUGACAUUGCUACUCAGAUAAUGGUUGCAUCAGAUGACGACAGUUCACCUACUCUGAAGCUCUGGGACAUGAGGAAUACAAUGUCACCUGUGCGCGAGUUUUCUGGACACCAAAGAGGUGUGAUUGCAAUGGAAUGGUGUCCUAGUGACAGCUCAUAUCUUCUUACCUGUGCUAAGGACAAUCGAACUAUUUGCUGGGACACUAAUACAGCCGAGAUUGUGGCUGAGUUACCUGCUGGCAACAAUUGGAAUUUUGAUGUUCAUUGGUACCCAAAAAUACCGGGAGUUAUAUCAGCAUCUUCUUUUGAUGGGAAAAUUGGCAUCUACAACAUCGAGGGUUGCAGUCGCUAUGGUGCGGAGGAGAAUAAUUAUGGUACUGCUCCUUUAAAAGCACCAAAGUGGUGUAAACGCCCGGUUGGUGCAUCUUUUGGAUUUGGGGGAAAGCUUGUGUCGUUUCACGCAAAGGCCCCUUCAAAGGGUGCUUCGAGCAUUCAAUCUGAGGCUUUUUUGCACAGCCUGGUCACAGAACAGAGUUUGGUGAGUCGAACUUCUGAAUUUGAAGCUGCAAUAGAAAAUGGAGAUAAGACUUCUCUAAGGGGUUUGUGUGAGAAGAAAUCUGAAGAGACUGAAUCCAAAGAGGAGAAGGAGACAUGGGGCUUGCUGAAAAUUAUGUUCGAAGAGGAAGGAACGCCAAGAACAAAGUUGAUCAGCCAUCUUGGUUUUAGUUUGCCUUCUGGUGAAAAGGAUCAGGCAGUAAGUGAGCUCUCGUCAAAUCUGGAUGGCAUUGGAUUAGAGGAUACUGCCACGAAUGCACCGGAGCCUGAGGACAGUAACGAGGCAGCUGCAUUUGCUAUGGACAAUGGAGAAGACUUCUUUAACAACUUUCCUGCUAAACCGGAUACACCUGUAUCUACAUCUGCCAAAGAUUUUAUGCCUCCUGACACAGAUUUUGAUGCCAAGGUAGAAGAAACUCAAGAAAUGCCAGAAGAAGAGGAAGAAAGCGUUGACCCAGUAUUUGAUGAUGCCAUCCAGCGUGCUUUGGUUGUUGGAGAUUACAAGGAAGCGGUUGAUCAGUGUAUAUCUGCAAAUAAGAUGGCCGAUGCUUUAGUUAUUGCUCAUGUUGGUGGUACAGCAUUGUGGGAGAGUACUCGUGAGAAAUAUUUGAAGACAAGCAGUGCACCUUACAUGAAGGUUGUUUCUGCGAUGGUGAACAACGAUCUCACGAGCUUUGUCCAUACAAGGUCACUUAAGUUCUGGAAGGAAACUCUUGCUCUCCUUUGUACUUUUGCACAAGGAGAACAAUGGACCAGCCUGUGCGAUGUCCUUGCCUCAAAGUUGAUGGCUGCUGGUAACACUUUGGCUGCAGUUCUGUGCUACAUUUGCGCAUGCAAUGUUGACAGAACAGUAGAAAUUUGGUCGAGGAGCCUUGCGAAUGAGCGUGACGGAAGAUCUUAUGCUGAGCUUCUUCAGGAUCUUAUGGAGAAGACUCUUGUCCUUGCUUUGGCAACUGGCAACAAAAGGUUCAGUGCAUCUCUAUGUAAACUCUUUGAGAGUUAUGCCGAGAUAUUGGCCAGCCAAGGGCUUCUUACAACGGCAAUGAAGUACUUGAAAGUUCUGGAUUCUGGUGGCUUGUCACCUGAACUUUCUAUAUUACGUGAUCGUAUUUCUCUGUCUGCAGAACCUGAGACUAACCCUGCAGCUUCAGACAACACUCAGCCUCAAAUUACCAUGCCAUAUAGUCAGGAGCCAACUCAGGCGCAACCAAACGUUCUUGUUAACCCAUAUGAUAAUCAGUAUCAACAACAACAACCAUACACUGAUUCUUAUAAUCAAGUAUAUGUCCCUCCAGCUUCACAUCCACCCAUGCCGCAACCUACCAUGUUUAUGCCUCACCAAGCUCAGCCAGCUCUGCAGCCAUCGUUUCCUCCAGCUCCCGCAAGCAAUCCUCAGCAGUCCAGAACUACUUUUGUUCCUUCAACUCCCCAUGCACUGAAGAAUGCAGAUCAAUAUCAGCAGCCAACCAUUACUCCUCAUUCAUUCAAUGGACCAUCUAACAAUCCAUACCCUGCUCCCCCCGGACCUGGUCCAUAUGCAUCUCCUGGCCCUUCUCAAGUACAAUAUCCCAACCCCAAGAUGCCCCAAGUUGUUGCUCCAUCAACAUUUACGCCCAUGCAAACCCAGGGAGUUGUUCCAAGAUCUGCUUUAGGUCCUGUGCAACCAGCAAGUCCUCCAACACAGCAGGCGCCUAGUCAGGCAGCCCCUACGCCUGCAGCUCCGCCACCAACUGUUCAGACUGCAGAUACUUCCAACGUUCCAGCCAACCAGAAACCUGUGAUAGCAACGCUGACAAGGCUUUUCAAUGAGACAUCGGAAGCUCUGGGAGGCGCACGUGCAAAACCUGUCAAGAAGCGUGAGAUAGAAGACAACUCAGUAAAAUUAGGUGCUCUGUUUGUGAAACUCAAUAGCGGAGACAUCUCCAAGAAUGCUGCGGACAAACUCGCACAGCUCUGCCAAGCUCUGGACAACCAUGACUUUGGUGCAGCCCUUCAAUUACAGAUACUUCUGACGACCAGCGAAUGGGACGAAGGGAACUUCUGGCUGCCAACACUAAAGCGGAUGAUCAAGGCGAGGCAAAAUGUGCGGUGA